GUUUACUUCCUGCUGGAAAUCUUUCCUUUCGUGAAUCCGCGCUUUAUAAUCGGAACUUCUUACAUCUUAAACGAGAAUCUAAGAACUAGCUAUGCGUUAAUUGAGGCGUACUAAGCAUACUUUGGGACGGAUUCCUGAAUUGAGCUUUUCUGCACCCGAAUCUUUGUGUGCUAUCGUGGAAAGACGGGACUGGGUCCCAUUUAACGUGAAGCCGUCAUGACACCAAAAUGUCUUAUACUCAAAGUCCUUGAUGAACUGACCGAGGAAGACUUGAAACGAUUCAAGUUUCAUCUCAGGGAAAGCGUCAAGAGGAAACUGAUACCCAGUGGUCAGCUGGAAGACAAAACACGCGUGGAAAUUGCACAAUUGCUCCAGAAUCACUAUGGCGAGAAGGCGGUGGAUAUCACCAGAGAUGUUAUUCAUGCUAUCCCAAGGCGCGAUCUGGAGGGGAUGUUCGCAGAUGGAGGAGAGAGGAACGGAUCCAUAGAAAAGACGCAAGAGAGAAAAAGGGAGAGACCUAAAGGCCAGGACAGCGUUGGAACUGUGAGUGAUCCUUCAGAGAGUGAGAACCCCAUCCCGAAGAAAAACAAGUUGGAGGCAAAGCCAGUGACUGAGAAACAACUGAUGAGACUGGCUUCAAAACUCGGACGUAAUUGGAAGCGAAUUGGCAUCGAGUUCCUGAAUCUGAAAGAAUGUGACAUCGACCAUUGUGUAUCAGAUGAACAGGACGUAGUCAUGCAACGCUUUAAAAUGCUGGUACUCUGGAAGAAUCGGGAAAAGGCAGUGGCAACUGCUGAGCGAUUGCACACUAUUCUUGCAAACAAAGAUUGUCCCAUCAGUUCAGAAGACAUUGACUGUCUUCUUGAAGAAAACCAAUGAUCAAGUUAUCUUGAUCUUAAAUAAUCGUUAAUACCUUUAAGUAGUUGCAGUUAUAAAUUUUUUCAGUCUUA